UUAACCUAUUUUGGAGUUUAGCUAAUAUUUCAGCUGCAUGCUAGCCAUUUUGGCUGAUUUAACAACUGAAUUUUGGACUUACUUUAGUCCAUAAAACCAAAAUUUUGAAAAUGUGUAGCAUAAACACACAUAUAUUAACACUUUUAUUAUUUUUUUUAUGGAAAAACAUUUGAAACUACAGAAAAAUAAAAAAAAGGUGAAAGAAUCUGAAAGCAGAGUUUAAUUCAGGUUAGAUCAGUGCAACUCUGCCGUGUGAUUUUGAGCUUUCUUUCAUAUAUUAAACUAACAUUCAUAGCUUUUCCUCUCCGUCUGCAUUGGUUGUGUAGAGGCUUUAAGUGUGAACUGAAAUGUUCAGGGCUUAGAAAGAACAGUCGUUGCCCCUCACAGUUUCACAAUUACUCUGGGGAUAUAAGUAAAUGCCACUCUCACACUUAUUGCUGAAACUUCCACAAACAUUUGUUUUUCUUGCAGCAAUGCAUCCUUGUGCACACCACAGGCAUGCUGAAGGCACACAUGCACAGCAGCUGUGUAGAGUAGAUCUCAUUGUGGUCUACUGUCAGUUUGCAUCUUUGCUUUAGGUCCUCGCUGGCACAAUAAAAAAGCAAUGAUACAACAUAGCACAAGCCGUGCAAGCAGUGCAAACCCACACUGACACUCACAAAUGCUAUCAAACAAAUGUGGUAUCUAUUUAAAAACGUGAAAAGAAACACACUCACAGUUUUAAUGUGUUGCAGUGAAAAACCAGCUGGAAAUUCAGGUUGGGUUUCAGAACAUAACAACUCUUUGACCUUCAGUUUGCUGUUACGCAGCGUCCUCUGCAGGACACUUUGAUCUUUGGGGAACUACUUCAGUUUUGAUCAUUCAAACACACCUUCUAAGCAAUUAAAACUCUAAAAGGUUUUAGUGAAAGCAGAAGAUUUUAUCAUUCAGUUUUACUUCUGAAAGCAAAAAAAAAAAUACAUAAUUUUUUUUUUCCCUUGAGUACCAAACAUCAAGUCAAAAAAGUUAUUUGCUAAGUAUUUGUAGUGAUACUAUGCUUGAUAAGGUUGCUGUACCUAUUUUGGAUAUUUUUUUCAUUUUUUUUUAAUGAAACAAGACUGGAAAGCUUCAUAUUUUAGUAACUCUCAUAAUAAAUUUUUUUAAUUUAUUUGGGGCAGUCACAAGCUCUAAUGUGUUUUUAUUAGUUGAUUUGAUUUCAAACAUGUAAAACAUUACAAAAAAGACUUAAGAAAAACGAAAAAAAAAUCAAUGCAAUCACCUUUUAUAAAAGAAAAGUCACAAACCAAAUUCAAUAAAUACACUUGUAGUUGUUUCUGUUGAUUUAAUUGAUUUUCAAUCAAGUUCUCUUGCUUUUACUAAACAUCUGAGUCGAUUUGCUCAAAUAUUGGAACUUUAAAUGUCAUAAUUUGUUUUAGCUUUUACUAGUAGCAAACAUUCAAUUUUUUUUCCUAAAAUAAACUUUUCUGAUCUGUUUCUCAUUUAAAAUGUGCUUUUUUUUAAACAUUUUUUUCUCUUUUAUUUUAGUUCUGAAAGAGUUAAAGGGUAAAUCUCCAGCAAGUUUUCGGAGUGUUGAAUUAGUUCUGUAAGCCACAUAUUCACGGCUGCCAUGGCAACACUUGAAAAGCUGUGUGUCGGCCACCUCAGGAGAGAUUUGUUGAAAGUGUCGGGAGUUUUUCUGCACGGAACCAGACAGCUCCGGUCUGAAGUCUCUGUGAGAGGGGAGCUGUGAGCUGAUCACGAGGGAAACACAGACCAGAUUUGGGGGAAGUUUCCAGGAGUGAAGCAUGUUUUCUCUGUCGGAGCUGGCCCCUCCCGACCAGCAUCAGAGCAGGUGUAAACUGCUGAAGCCCUGGUGGGAGGUCUUCAUGGACUACCUGGUGGUGCUGAUGCUGAUGACGUCCGUCCUGGCCUGUACAGAGCAGCUCUCCAGGGACAGAAUCGUGUGCAUUCCUGUGGAUCCGCUGGCCCCUGCUAGCAUGAGUAAUCACAGCAUGGCACCGAACACCGACGUGGACCCCAGUCCCACUCCAAAAUCCCCAAAUCCACAGAAUGCAGGUCCAGAUUUUUAUUCUGCACCACGAGGGCGACACACACACUUAGUCUACCAGCAAUACAUCUACAUAAGUCAGGUGUGCUACCACGAAGCCCUGCCGCUAUGCUCCCGCUUCUUCCCCUACAUGGCCCUGCUGCAGUCCCUGGUCCUGGUGGCCAGCGGCUCUUUCUGGCUCCACUUCCCCGACACCUCCUCCCGCAUCGAACAGUUCCUGUCCGUUUUGUCCAAAUGCUGCGAGUCCCCCUGGACGUCCCAGGCUCUGUCUCGCACUGCCCGUCAGGAGAACGUUCAGGAGCUGGAGAUGGCAGAACGACAACCCCUCCUGUCCUCAGCUUCCUCCUGGGUGACUCGGACUCGACGCUCGAGCUCAGACUCGGGCAGUCCGCUUUUGAAGAGGUCAGAGGUCGCUCCCUCAGCUGCCCCUCCGUCACCGUGCCCAUCAAUGCUCUCCAACUCCAGCGUGUCCUCUCUAUCUGUCGGGGUGCACUGUCCUUCCUCUAAGGAGGGGGUCUUGCCUGACAGUCCAAGGCAGGUGAGUCUCGAUAAAAGCGACGGGGAACAGGCCAGGGCGCUGUUUGAAAGAGUCCGCAAGUUUAGGUCUCACUGUGAAAGCUCAGCGGUCAUCUACAAGGUUUAUGUUGCUCAGACGGCCUUCAAGCUGCUUCUGGCUUUGCUGAUCCUGAGCUACACCGUCCCGCUCCUCAAGUCCUUGACUUUCAGCCACAUCUGCCGCCCUGAGGAGCGCCAGCUGGUGGGAUACGCCACCUUCGAAUGCAUCCACGUGCUGUCAUCGCUCCUUCACAAGCUCCUGGUGGCCUACUUGAUCCUGCUGGGGCUUUACACUCUGCUUCAUUUACACACUCUCAGAUGGAUUUUGUACAGCUCCCUUCGCCACUAUUCCUUCCAGUCUGUGAAAGACUUAUGGUCUCUAAGAGACGUUCCUGACCUGACAAACGACCUGGCCUUUCUGCUACACAUGUUAGACCAGUAUGAUCCUGUGCUGGCGCAGCGCUUCUCCGUGUUCCUGUCGCCUGUCAGCGAGAGCAGGCUGCUGGAUGAAAGCUUGGAGAGGCGCUGGGGGGAAGACAAGCUGCAGGCCAUGACCAGCGUGGACGCAGACGGCUUCAGCCGGCUGCAGCUGGUGGCUCUGCCUCGUCUUCCUCCUGCUCUCUACGCGUUGGGCCAGCUUCAGAUCCUCAGACUGGAGUUUAUUGCAGAUGCCAGGUUCACUGCACAAGUGGCUAACAUGAGAUCACUCAGGGAGCUUCACCUUUACCACUGCAGAGUGGCUGUGGACCCCGGUGCACUUGCGGUUCUCCAGGAGCGCCUGGAGGUCCUCCACAUCACCUUCACUCAGGCUUCAGAGAUUCCCAGCUGGGUCCUCUCCCUCCACAGCCUGCAUGAGCUCCACCUGUCUGGCCGUUUGAGCAGCGAGUGUAGCGUAGGCCGGAGCUGGGCUCUGGGGAGUUUGCGUCAUUUACGCCACCUCCGUGUGCUGGGCAUCCGAGGUCUGCUGCAGAAGAUCCCAGGCGAGCUGUGUGAGGUGGCAAGCAGCUUGACAAGACUAGAAAUCUGUAACGAAGGCACCAGACUGCUGGUGCUAACGGCUCUGAAGCGGAUGGUGGACCUGACCGAGCUGAAGCUGCAGGACUGCCAGCUGGAGCGUUUGCCCUCCGCGCUGCUGUCUCUGACCAACCUGCGACUGUUAGACCUGCAGCAUAACAACCUGAGCUCUCUGGAGGAGCUGCUCUGCCUGGCUCAGCUGCGCCAUCUUUCUUCCCUGAAGCUUGCCUACAAUCACGUUUCGGUGCUACCAGCAAGUGUUGGGGUCCUUCGAGGGUUAGAGCUCCUGGAUUUGUCCAACAACCAACUCCGGAGCCUCCCGCCAUCACUCUUUACGCUCCAUCGCCUUCGUCGGCUCCUGUUGGCCGGCAACCUCCUUGACCAGCUUCCGUCUGAGGUGAAGGCCCUGCAUCUGCUUUCAGAGCUCGACCUCAGUGGAAACAGGCUGGAGAUUCUGCCCUCUGACCUCUGCCGUGGCUGCUCGGGGCUACGUAGCCUAAACGUUGCUCACAAUUCCCUCUCUUCUUUGCCAAACGAGAUCGGAGCUCUGAGUCAGCUCUGCAGGUUGGACCUGCGCUGCAAUAAUCUGGAGGAGCUUCCUGCUGAGUUGGGCUGCUGCUCGGGACUUCACGGAGGAGGACUCCUGGUGGAGAGUUGGCUAUUCCUCUCUUUGAGUCCACACACCAGGGACCUGCUGAGUCAUUCAGACUCCACCAGCGGUGAUUAUUCAGAGGACGACUCCCAAGCAGAGUCUGACAGUUUUCCAUACUUCCCUCCUUCCCAGUGGAGCUUCUCUUCAGCUCUAGAAUCAGACUUAUAAUGACAAGGAAAAGUCUACUUUCAGAAUUUUUUAAUAAGUAUUUCAUUUUCUGUAACUUUUUAUCAGUUUGUGAAUUUAUAGCAAGUUUUCUGUGACUCCCAGGAUGAACUUUAAAGAGAAAAAAGCAAAGAUUUUCAUGCAAAAGAAUUUGUGGAAAGCUUUGGAUUUUAAGUACUAAAACUGUAAAACUAAAAAUAACCAAACAUUUAAUAAAAUAUUACCUAUAGAGCAAGGGUGUCAAACACAAUCGCACAGGGGGUCAAAAUCCAAAACCCACCUUAGGUCGCGAGCUGAACGAAGCAAACAUUUAUUGAACACUCUAAUACUACUUUUUUUUUCAACGUUAAAACUGUAACUUUUUAACAUAAUUAUGAACUGGAUA